AUGGGCGGCGGUCCACCCAAAGACUUCCUCCUCGCCAUCCUCCCCUUCUCCGAACCCCAACCAAUCCUGUCCAAACUACGCUCCCGAUUCCCCGAAAUCGAAAUUGCAUACUUCGACACUUCCUCCUCGCCCCAGGCCACCUACGCCGAGCUGCAAGACAAAGUGCCCCGCGAGCUAUGGCAACGCGCCACGAUCCUCGUGACGCUGUUCACAUUCCCGGAGAAAGUGGAAGACGCGCCGAAACUGGAACUGGUGCACCUGGUAUCCGCGGGGAGCAACCAGAUGAGCGAGACGCCGAUUUAUAAAGACAGCGAGGAGAUUGUCAUCACCACGUCGUCCGGGAUCCACGGGCCGCAGAUUGCCGAAUGGGUGCUCAUGACGGGCCUCGUGGGGAGUCAUGGCUAUAGGCAACUCUACGAAUUGCAGAAGCGGAAACAAUGGGGCAGCAACAUCGACGACGGGUCGCAGAAGAAGCAGAAGCAGAAGCAGAAGCAAGAUUACAGGAACGUGAGGGACUGGGUAGGGCGGAGGAUUGGGAUUCUAGGCUACGGGAGUAUCGGGCGACAAGUCGGGCGGGUGGCGCACGCGAUGGGCAUGGAAGUCUUCGCGUACACGGCGACGGCCAAGGACACGCAAGAGAAGAAGAAGGACCGGGGAUACAUCGUGCCCGGGACGGGGGAUGCGGAGGGCGAGAUUCCGCGGGAGUGGUAUAGCGGGCUCGCACGGGAGGACUUGCGGAAAUUCCUACAACAGGAUCUCGACUGGCUGGCCGUUUCCGUCCCCUUAACCAAAGAAACGCGGCAUUUCCUCUCACAUGCGGAAUUCGACGUUCUGAGCGCCGGGGGCAAACGCCCGGCUUUCGUCACCAAUAUCGCGCGCGGCGCGAUUCUCGAUCAACCCGCUCUCAUUGACGCGUUGAAGGACGGCAGGCUCAGCGGCGCGGCGCUGGACGUCACGGACCCGGAACCCCUGCCGCGGGAGAGCGAGCUGUGGGAGCUGGAAAAUGUCAUCCUCACGCCGCAUGUGAGUGGGAUUGGGAGUGAUUAUGUGGACCGGACGUUUGAGGUGUUGGAGGGGAAUUUGGAGCGGAGGAGGAAGGGGGAGGGGUUGAUUAAUGUUGUGAAUCGGAGGAGGGGGUAUUGA